CGCGGGAAGGCCGGCGGAUCGGCGCGGCGGGCGGCGGCGGAGCCGAAACCUGACAGAAACAUGAAGCCCUCCACCAUCUGGAACUGAGAAACCCAUUCAAGGCUGACGGCGGCUUCUAGAACGUCCAGGUGUUCUGCAGAUGUGAGAAUUUAUCCUGCUCUCACCAGCUGGAGUCCCGAACAGAUGCAAAGCUUGUGCUGUGGCCCUAACGUCCCCGGGCACGGAGGGGUCGUUUUUUAAGUGGCCAAAGAGCCAUCACUGACACGGGUAUCUGAUUGCCGCACGCGGCUGGUCGUCUCUCGGAGCUGCAGGGGGCAAACCAAAUUCGAGGUUGCGAAUUUCCUGACUGUCUUGAAUUAGGAUGCCAGGUGGGGGCCUCAUUUCCGCAGCCCCAGCGUCCUUCUAGGCACCCCACCAACACGACCCCCACAACCAGUAUCUCCUUGCAGACUCCACCACUGCUUCUCCAGAGACUCCCUGCACCUUAAGUGAGCAGAAGGAAGCUCUUGGAAAAAUCCUCAGCCGUGGCCCACAGUCAUUGCCCUCCCCUGCCCACCAUGGGCUGGCUUUUUCUAAAGGUUCUCUUCGUGGGGGUGACUUUCCUGGGAUGUCUUUAUCCUCUCGUGGAUUUUUGCUGCAGCGGGGACACAAGAGGCCAGAAGCCGAAUUUUGUGAUCAUUUUGGCAGAUGACAUGGGGUGGGGUGACCUGGGAGCAAACUGGGCAGAAACAAAGGACACUGCCAACCUUGAUGAGAUGGCUGCAGAAGGAAUGAGGUUUGUGGAUUUCCAUGCAGCUGCCUCCACCUGCUCCCCCUCCAGGGCCUCCCUGCUCACCGGACGGCUCGGCCUUCGCAAUGGAGUCACGCACAACUUUGCGGUCACUUCCGUGGGGGGUCUUCCGCUCAAUGAGACCACCUUGGCUGAGGUGCUGCGGCAAGCUGGCUAUGUCACUGGGAUGAUAGGCAAAUGGCAUCUCGGGCACCAUGGAUCUUACCACCCCAACUUCCGCGGUUUUGAUUACUACUUUGGAAUCCCAUACAGCCACGACAUGGGCUGCACCGAUACCCCGGGCUACAACCACCCUCCUUGUCCAGCGUGUCCACGGGGGGACGGGGACGGACCGUCAAGUCGCGGAAAUGAAUGCUGUCUGUGGUUCCCGCACAGGACCCACGAGAGGGACUGUUACACGGACGUGGCCCUUCCUCUGUAUGAAAACCUCAACAUCGUGGAGCAGCCGGUGAACCUGAGCGGUCUCGCGCAGAAAUAUGCGCAGAAAGCUACCCAGUUCAUCCAACACGCGAGUGCCAGCGGAAGGCCCUUCUUGCUGUACGUGGCCCUGGCUCAUAUGCACGUACCCUUGUCCGGGACACGGCUCUCCGCAGACCGACGGGGCCGGAGGCCAUAUGGAGCAGCUCUCCGGGAGAUGGACCGCCUGGUGGGCCAGAUCAAGGACAAAGUCGACCGCACGGCAAGAGAAAACACAUUCCUCUGGUUUACAGGAGACAACGGCCCGUGGGCUCAGAAGUGCGAGCUGGCCGGGAGCGUGGGUCCCUUCACUGGAUCGUGGCAGACUCAUCAAGGGGGAAGUGCAGCCAAGCAGACCACGUGGGAAGGUGGGCACCGGGUCCCGGCUCUGGCCUACUGGCCUGGCACCGUUCCCAUCAACGUCACCAGCACAGCCUUGUUAAGUGUGCUGGACAUCUUCCCCACUGUGGUGGCCCUGGCGGGGGCCAGCCUGCCCCAAGACCGGCACUUUGACGGCUUGGAUGCCUCUUCCGUGCUUUUUGGCUGGUCGCAGGCUGGGCACCGGGUGCUGUUUCACCCCAACAGUGGGGCGGCCGGAGAGUAUGGAGCCCUUCAGACCGUCCGCCUGGAACAACACAAGGCCUUCUACGUCACCGGCGGAGCCAAAGCCUGUGACGGGAAGGCCGGGCCCCCGCGGCUUCAUGAGCCUCCCCUCAUUUUUAACCUGGAAGAGGAUGUUGCAGAAGCCGAGCCUCUAGAAGAAGGUAGUGCUGAGUACGAGCGCGUCUUGCCCGAGGUCAGACAGGUCCUGGCGGAUGUGCUUGUGGACAUUGCUGGUGACAAGACGUCCAGGGCGGAUUACACUCAGGAUCCUUCGGUGACCCCCUGCUGUGAUCCCCACCGAAAGGCCUGCCGCUGUCACACCACCUGACCCAUUCCCCCCCCACUGUCCUCCCUGCAUGCCGCCUUGGGAGGGGGGUGGGGACGGCUGUGCCGAGCCGAGCUGUAGGGAAAGGCACACAGGCUUUGGAGUCAGGCCGGGUUCAGGGCCCAGCUUCGGAACGUGGGCCGUCACUGAACCCACAGCUUUCGAGCUCAUUCUGAGGACCAAGGAGGCACUGUAUGCAAAUGACUGCCACAUCACGUGACGCGGAACAGGCACUGGAUGCAUUUUAGUUUCCUUUCCUUUCUAUGCACCCAGUUUUGCUGGUCGUUGUAGCAUAGAUUCAUGCCAGCUGGGAUCUAGGGCAGCACUUUUCCAUCUUUAAUACGCAUACGUGUCACCUGGGAUCCCUCGAGAGUGCAGAUUCUGACUCAGUAGUUGCCCGAGACGCUCCAUUUCCGGGCAGCUCCUGGGGGAAAUGCCCUGAGUAGCACAGGUGCAGACUAGACAAAGCUAGACGUUUCUGGGUCUCAGAGCAGGUGAGCCCACGGAUACAUCCGUGGCACUCCCUGUCUCCUCUCGCUCCCCCUUAAAGAUCAAAUGAUGGUAUUUUAAAGAUUGUAAGCAUUCCUUCUGCCUCCUAAAACCAGGAAGAAAUGAACGUCUAAAACCUCAAAAACACAUUGCCAUGAUUUUAUUAUAAGUGUCCUAAAUGGGACUCCAAGGUAAUAAAUGAUUCAUUCCAAUCACUGCAAAAAUACUUUGCCUGGCUAAAAGCAGUCUCUCUAUAUGCCAUAUACAAGAAAUACAAUUCAAAGAGGUUUUCCUAUACGUACAUUUUUACAUGGCAUACAUUUAAAAAGGAUGCCCUUGUUCAUAUAAAGUUCCGGCUACAGACCAACGUGGUUAGUGAGCAUCGACGCGAUGGCUGUAACAUAUUUCAUAUAGUCUCUCCCACGCCUGCUGGCAACCGGGGCGGAGGAGAGUUUGGUGAGCAGUGGACCGCGUCCCGUGGCUUAAGCAGGUGGCACCUGGGAUUCCAGCCCCCCUUUCUGCGCACACAAUUGUACUCCAUUCUUCCACCUUCCUUGUUUUCUCCACAACCACCUGACAGGGGGUGUCCUGCUUUCUGAGGUGUGCUUCUCAUCAUGACUGCUUCGUUUUGCCCUUCUGACUUCCACGGCACAAGAUAAUCUACCAAAAUCAAAACAGAACGGCCUUAACUCUUUCCGGGAAGAGACUGGUAGGCAGGCUGGGUUAUCAACAGAUCUGUGCCCACGAGGGGUCAGCAGGGGGAGGCUGGGCGCUGCAGAUCCACGGACCGACCCUCACUCACGGCCACAGAAAAUCCACCCAUCUUACUUCGGUAUAGACGAGUAUGGCACGGUUUC